AUGGAAUCGUCGACACACAGUGCGACCAAGGAUGAACCGUCAGCGAUUUCAAAGGAAGAUUUUCAACGGAAUUUCGACUAUGAGAAAAAAGAAGAAAGAGAAUUCGGGGAUUGGCAGGUCGACAAAGAAAUACUUUUGAACUUUGUCAAGCGAACGAUUCCAAUAAUUGAUUGGCUGCCAAAAUAUGACUGGAGGAAAAAUGGACCCAACGACUUGGUGGCUGGCCUCUCCAUCGGAAUGUUGCAAAUACCUCAGGGCUUAGGCUACGCUCUCAUUGCAAAUGUUCCUCCAGCUGUCGGGUUGUACAUGUCAAUAUUUCCAAUGAUCCCCUACUUCAUGCUCAGCACAUCCCGCCACAACUCAAUGGGCAUGUUCGCUGUCAUCUGCUUGCUGGUGGGCAAAACUGUGGCUAAAUUCGCAAUGAACCCUAACUACGUGUAUGAAGUCUACAAAGAAGUCAAUGGCACCGAUACACUUGUCAAGGAAAUGUUUACUAAUAUGGAAGUUGCCACAUCUAUGACAUUCUACUGCGCAAUUUGGCAGCUGCUACUCUAUGCGCUUCGUCUGGGCGUGAUUUUCACUUUUAUGUCCGACGGUUUGGUCAGCAGUUUCCUCACAGGAGCGGGCGUGCACAUCUUAACGCUGCAAUUAAAAGAGAUUAUCGGCGUCAACGUGGAAGCCUACCACGGCAUUUUCAACUUGCCAUACACCUACGGUGGUAUUGCUGAAAAGAUUUGGAACUCAACGCCGGAAACGAGGUCCACCAUGCUUGUAGCGAUCGUCAUUUCGGCAAUUUCUAUAUCCUUGCUGGUUUUCACCGCUUUUGUCCUUAAGCCGUGGCUAAAAAAAUAUACUCAUAUUCCAAUCCCCAUCGAGCUGAUCUUAGUGGUGGUCGGUAUAGUCGUCUCCUCUUCAUUUGACCUGCCAGAGAAUUGUGAAAUACGUGAAGUUGGAAAAAUUCCCUACGGUUUGCCAUUACCGAUAAAGCCGCACUACUUCAAGCUCUUAAAUCUGCUUUUGGUGGACAGCUUUGUGACGUCGAUUGUCGCGUUCGCAGUUUCCAUGUCCAUGGCACAGGUCAUGGCUGAGGGGGAAGAUUACGUAGUUGAUCCCAAUCAAGAACUACUUGCAAUGGGCGUCGGCAACUUGUUCGGCUCCUAUUUCUCCUGCAUAACAUUCAGUUCUUCUCUAUCGAGAAGCGUGCUCGUCAGGGACUGCAAGGGCCAAACCCAGGUCACUGGCCUCGUUUCCUGUCUCUUCAUGAUUAUUGUUGUAUUCUCGUGCGCAACUCUCUUUGAAACACUCCCGAAAGCCAUCUUGGCGUCCAUCAUUGUCACCACCCUCUUUGGCGUUUUUGCAAAAGUGUUGGAGAUGCCCGAUUUCUGGCGCCGCUCGCACAUCGAUGGCAUCUAUUGGCUGAUAGUCUUCUUCAUGGUUGUCGUCUUUGACGUGGACGUUGGCCUGGUCAUGGGAUUUAUUCUCUCGGCGGGCACUAUUUUCAUGAAAAGUCUCAAAGCGGACACGUGCUUGUUGGGACGGGUGCCCAACACCGACUACUAUCUCGACAAAGAUCGAUACAAAGUGGCAAAAGAAGUGCCAGGACUAAAAAUUGUGCACUACCGCGGAGGCUUGAAUUUUGCCACAAGGUACAGUUUCAGAGAUGAGGUGAUCAGAUUGACGGAAAUCGACCCGAAGAGAGAGUCUAGAAGACGUAAAGAGGCUGCGAUCGCUGCUGAGCAAGCGAUGCAAAAUGAAUUGGAGCAGCAAACACCUGUUAUUCCAAACAGAGGCUAUGAAAUCUACAGCAUGGAGCAUAGUAGCAACAUAGUUGCAGAUCCAAACCGAAUCUGGUGCAUCAUCCUCGACCUCUCCGCAAUGAACAACAUAGACCCUGCUGGGUCAGACAUGAUCAAAUCGCUGGCCCAUGACUACAAGCAGAUCGACAUCACUGUCUGCAUCGCCGGCGGAUCAGACAAUGAGUUUGAUCGCAUGAAAGAGUGGAAGCUGUUCGAGGGCGAUGACGCUGUGCACGUGUUCACGUCGGUGCAUGACGCCGUGGUUCACGGCGCUAGGGUCCUCAUGGGAUGGAGGAGGUUGGAAUCUCUUAUGGCACGAAGAUAUGAACUGAACGAAGUGAACAAAAACACUCAAAAUCGAGCCAACCUUGCGUAAAUCUUUAUUUUUACGAUCGCAA